CGAUGGAUGCCAUUAUUCCCUACAAGGAAAUCCUCCAGAUGUACUGGGAGAAAGCAACAAGAUUUGUGAAUGCCCAGUGUGAUGGAUUUGAGCCCUGGCAGCUGGUUGGGCUGACCUUCUCUUCUACCCUUCUAAGUGUCUGGCUGCAUGGCUUCCUCUUCCAGUCUGAGAGUUUAACAUCCCGAAGCAAAAAGCAGUUCUUCAAGCUCCUGAGGAAGAUGCCGUUCGUUGGGGCCAUCAUUCAAAAGAAGAUUGAUGAUGCCUUGCAAGAUGUCACUUCCAGCUUAUCCUUCCUGAAAGAUGAAAAGGAUUAUAUCAAAGUGCUGCCAGAACAAGGCCUGAGCCAGGCUGAAGUGCUGAAGAAGAUGAAAGAGUACAGCUCCAAAGGAGAUGUACGCUGGCAGGAUGGGAAAGUCUCUGGGACUGUGUACAGUGGAGAAGAGAAGCUCACCCAUCUCCUAGUGAAGGUGUAUGAAGAGUUUGCCUGGAGUAAUCCUCUCCACCCAGAUAUAUUUCCUGGCUUGAGGAAGAUGGAAGCAGAAGUAGUGAGGAUUGCCUGCACGCUCUUCCACGGAGGCCCCAACUCUUGUGGUGCUAUGACAUCUGGAGGGACUGAGAGCAUCCUGAUGGCCUGCAAGGCCUACCGAGACCUGGCUUAUGAGAGGGGCAUCAAGCAGCCAGAAAUGCUGGUGCCGGUGAGCGCCCACGCAGCCUUUGACAAGGCAGCACACUACUUUGGGCUGAAGCUGGUUCACAUACCAUUGACCAAAGCCAUGGAAGUGGAUGUUCAGGCAAUGAGGAGAGCUAUCUCGAGGAACACAGCCAUGCUGGUCUGCUCGGCUCCCCAGUUCCCACAUGGAAUUAUGGAUCCCAUUGAAGAGGUGGCAGAGCUUGCAGUGAGGUACAGAAUCCCCUUCCACGUGGAUGCCUGCCUGGGUGGCUUUCUGAUUGCCUUCAUGGACAAGGCAGGGUUCCCCCUGCAGCGUCCCUUCGACUUCCGGGUGAAAGGUGUCACCAGCAUCUCUGCUGACACCCACAAGUAUGGCUACGCUCCCAAGGGCUCCUCUGUGGUGCUGUACAGCGACAAGAAGUACAGGAGCUACCAGUUCUUCAUAGCCCCUGACUGGCAAGGAGGCAUAUAUGCCUCCCCCUCCGUGGCAGGCUCCAGGCCUGGGGGCAUCAUAGCUGCCUGCUGGGCGACCCUGAUGCACAUAGGAGAGUCAGGCUACGUGGAGGCCACCAGGAGGAUCAUCAGAACAGCUCGUUUCCUGGAAGCAGAGCUGAGAAAAAUAGAGAGCAUCUACAUCCUGGGCAAGCCUGAGGUGUCUGUGCUCUCCAUCGGCUCGGACAUGUUCGACAUCUAUCGGUUGUCCAACUUCUUAGCUGCCAAAGGAUGGAACUUAAAUGUUCUGCAGUUCCCAUCGAGCAUCCACCUCUGCAUCACACAGCUGCACACCAAGCCCGGCGUGGCCGAGAGCUUCCUGCAGGAUGUCCGAGACAGCAUCGCGGACAUCAUGAAGGACCUUGAUGCCAAGACCACAGGCAUGGGAGCUAUCUAUGGGAUGGCCCAGUCCGUCCCGGACAGGAGCUUGGUAGCGGAGAUCUCUCAGGCCUACCUGGACGGCCUCUACAGCACAGAUGUUCCUUGCAGUGAGAAGCACAUGAAUGGCUCUCCUGGCCACCACUGACUGCAGUGCAACCACCAGUGCCUUGCCAGCUGGCACUGGGCUGCUUCCAAGAGGUUGCCUUGAGGGGAAGAGAUUGCAGUAAGCCUUUGUUCCUACAACUGGCAGGUCUGAGGGCAGCUUGAUCUCGAAAAACCUUCCUUCUCUGUCUCAGUCUGUUCUGAACUCCACAUUGUUUUUGUGCCCAGCUCAAGGUCUUGGGGCUCUUCCCUCCCUCCCUUCUGCUUUAUUUUCCUGAUGACUCUUGCUGGGGAACUGAAUGUCCAUUCCACAACUCCAAACUCCUCAGGUACUCUGCAUCUCACUUCAUUCCUUGCUGUUCCUUUCUCCUCGGCCCUGGUUUCGUUCAGCUGGUGUCCAGCCAAGCCUUAGCUUUGAGUCCUCACCUCGUGUUCCACAACUUCAAUCUUCCCAAGAAGUUGAAGGUGGGGGAAAUAAAUAGAAUCAUUUCUUCUUUUUUUGACGGUUUUCUUUUGGGUAUUCCUCCAAACAGACUGGGGGAGCCUUAUCCCCACACAACUGGCAAAGGAAAGAUGUCGGUGGACUCCCUUUGACAUCCCCUCUGGAGACCUCAGCAUGACUGCAAUCAUCUGCUGAGGAAGGG